AUGUCACCAGAGAACGUUCACCCUGCGACUCAGGCGCUCCACGCCGAUGAUCGUUUGAACUUGGUGACCGACGUUGCACCGCCGAUACAUCUAUCCACGAUCUUCAGAUACCCAGAUGAUCCCAACGAGCUAAUCGUCUCCGAAGAUCCGGUGGCAGAGUUCAACGGGAAAAAUUUCGUUUAUGCACGUGAAUUCGCACCAAACCAGACUCGCUUCGAGGCUGUCAUCUCGUCGCUGACCAAGGGCAAUGCAGUCAGCUAUGCCACCGGACUGGCAGCACUUCACGCUGCAUUAACACUGCUAAACCCACGUCGCAUCGCAGUCGGCGAGGGUUACCACGGUAGUCAUGAGGUGAUUUCAGUGGUUUCCCGUCUAUCCGGGCUUCAAAAGCUCAGCCUUGAUUGCCCAGCCGAGGAUCUAAAUGAAGGAGAUGUCAUUCUUCUUGAGACGCCCAUCAACCCAUUAGGAACGGCAUUCAGCAUCGAGGAGUACGCCAAGAAGGCGCACUCGCGAGGCGCAUACUUGAUUGUUGACAGUACAUUCGCACCGCCAGGUCUACAAGACCCAUUCCUGUGGGGAGCGGAUAUUAUUCAACAUUCCGGGUCCAAAUAUUUCGGUGGACAUAGCGAUCUUCUAUGUGGUGUCCUUGUCACCAAGCGAGCGGACUGGACAAAGCAACUUUUCGAGGACCGACUUGCUCUGGGCAAUGUUCUCGGGAACAUGGAGAGUUGGCUUGGAGUUCGGAGUUUGCGGACCUUGGAGGUUCGUGUUCAGCGUGCGAGCCAGAAUUCUGCGAAGUUGAUUUCGUGGCUUGAUGCUGCGCUGAAUGCUCCAUCGCCUGCACCUGGCUCGGAGGAGGCGAUCGUGCAGACGGUGCUGCAAAAGAUAUAUCACGCCAGUCUUCAGAAGGAGCCUUGGUUGAAGAAGCAGAUGCCCAAUGGAUUUGGGCCUGUUUUCUCGAUUGUUAUGCACCGGGAGGAAUAUGCUAAGCAUUUUCCGAGUAAGCUGCACUACUUCCAGCAUGCAACAAGUCUCGGCGGAGUGGAAUCUUUGAUCGAGUGGCGGGCGUUGUCUGAUCCCAAAGUGGAUCGGAAAUUGCUGAGGAUCAGUAUAGGUCUGGAAAGCUGGGAGGACUUAAAGAAUGAUCUGUUCCAAGCAUUUCAAGCCCUAUGUGAAUGA